AUGACAACAGGAAAGAAAAAGUUUAAGAUGAUUACAGGUCUGUUGGGCAGAUGCAAGAGAGGGAAAAUGAAUCUCCUCAGACGUGAGCCUCUCAAGCUUGUGGAUGGUGGUGAAUCACAGAGAACCUUUGUUUAUAUCAAGGAUGCUAUUGAAGCUGUUCUUUUAAUGAUUGAAAACCCUGCCAGAGCUAAUGGUCAUAUAUUCAAUGUGAGUAAUCCUGAUAAUGAAGUUACAGUCAGACAACUUGCUGAAAUGAUGACUCAGGGAAACACUAAGCCGGUUCCAACUCGUCUUCGUGAUCCAACUCUCGUCUUCGUGUUCGAUAAUCGAGUGGGAUUUCAGAUUUGGGGGAAAUGGGGAGCGGGAUUGGGAUUUCAGACGGGAGAGAAACGAGCGGGAAAUGGAGAUGGAUUGGGAAGAACUUCUGCCACUUUCAAUAUUAACACAGACAGACAAACCUUGAUCUCCAUAAAAUCUCAAACAAUCACCCAACCCUCAGAUGCUUUAGCUACGUGGGAUCAAAACUCCAGCUCCCCAUGCAACUGGACCCGAGUUUCGUGUGAUGAUCGAACCCAGAGGGUGGUCGGUCUAGACCUAUCUGGGCUUCAGUUAACUGGUCCCGUUAGCGCUCAUAUCGGGAACCUCUCAUUGCUGAGAUCACUUCAACUCCAAGAUAACCUAUUCGAUGGUGUACUUCCUGAAACGAUCACCAAUCUUUUAAGCCUGCAAGUCCUCAAUAUCAGCUUCAACAGAAUCCAAGGCACCAUCCCAGCAAACAUCAGCCGGUGCACCCAACUCAGGGUUCUUGAUUUCAUGCAGAACCAACUUUCUGGUUCGAUUCCUCUAGACCUAACUCUCCUUCCUAAUCUUCAGACUCUAAACUUGGCUGGAAACCAUCUUUCUGGUUCUAUCCCACCCUCCAUUGCUAACCUUUCUUCACUCUCCACCUUGAACUUGGGCACUAAUACACUUAGUGGCCCGAUUCCUGGUGACUUAUCUCGCCUUCGGAACCUAAAGAAUCUUGAUCUCAACAUCAACAAUCUUACUGGCACAGUUCCUCAAUCAAUUUACAAUAUGUCUUCACUUGAGUCUCUAGCUCUGGCUUCUAACGAUUUGUGGGGCGAUAUACCAUACAACGUUGGGGAUACACUCCCAAAUCUUCUAGUUUUCAACUUAUGCAUCAAUAGAUUCACGGGAACUUUUCCGGGUUCGCUGCACAACCUCACAAACAUAMGAAUCAUYCGAAUGGCACAUAACCRAUUGMRYGGSACWGUACCACCAGGACUAGGGAACCUCCCUGAGCUAGAAAUGUAUAAUAUUGGGUACAAUAAUAUCCUAGAAAUGUAUAAUAUUGGGUACAAUAAUAUCGUUAGCUCACGGGGUGAGGGACUCGGUUUCUUAAACUCUUUGGUAAACAGUACAAAGCUUGAUUUCCUUGCCAUUGACGGUAACCGUUUUGAUGGUGUGAUUCCGGAGUCCAUAGGCAAUCUUUCCCAAAAACUCAGAAUGUUGUACAUGGGUUCAAACCAGAUAUCUGGAAGCAUUCCGACCUCAAUUGGUCAACUAAAAGGCCUAGCUUUACUAAAUAUAAGCUACAACUCCAUAUCGGGUGAGAUCCCACCAGAAAUAGGCCAAUUGGAGAACUUGCAAGAGCUUGUUCUAGGUAAAAAUAGAUUAUCUUCAAAUAUCCCAAAUGCUUUGGGUAAUCUUGGGAAGUUAACUCAGAUUGAUUUGUCAAGUAAUGAAUUGGAAGGAAGCAUACCCAUCAGCUAUAGGAACUUUGAUAAGCUAACUUUCAUGGAUUUGUCCAUGAAUAAGCUCAAUGGAAGUAUACCCAGAGAAGUUCUUUAUCUCCCAAGUUUAACCACCAUUCUCAAUCUUUCUGGUAACUCAUUAACCGGCUCUUUGCCUCCAGAAAUCGGGAGUCUGGAAAGAGUGGUGACAGUUGAUCUUUCUAACAACCGUUUGUCGGGCAACAUUCCAAACUCGAUCGAGAAUUGCAAGAGCUUGGAGCAGCUGAUCAUCUCCAAAAAUGUUCUCUCGGGCAAUAUUCCAAACCGUUUGGGUGAAUUAAAAGGUUUAGUAACGCUCGAUCUUUCUUCCAAUCUACUCUCCGGUUCUAUCCCUCUUGAGCUUCAAAACUUGAACGCCCUCCAAUUCUUGAACCUUUCUUUCAACAACUUGGAAGGAGAAGUGCCUAGCAAUGGGGUUUUCUCAAAUCAUACCAGAGUUCAUCUUGAAGGUAAUCCAGAGUUAUGCUAUGAUUCCAAAUGCAAAAGCGGUGGCACCCACAAAGCAAUUGUGAUCUCAGUCGCAGUUAUUGCUUCGGUAUUGGUAAUACUUCUAGCAAUCGCUUUCUUUUUCUACUUCCGAAGAGACAAUAAGAAGAUCAGGGACAGUUCUAUUAAUUCCUUCAAGGGCCAGCAUCAAAUGGUGACAUAUGACCAACUAUGUUCCGCAACUGGGAACUUCAACCAAGAAAACCUAAUCGGACGUGGGAGUUUUGGUUCUGUUUACAAAGGGUGUCUGAACCUUGAAGGACGGACACGAGAAAUAGCUGUGAAGGCUCUUGAUAUGGAAACCACCGGCUCAUUGCCUAGUUUCUUGGCUGAAUGCGCUGCAUUGCGGCAUCUCAGGCACAGAAAUCUCGUCAAGCUGAUUACAUCCUGCUCCAGUUUGGAUCGCAAGAACAUGGAAUUUCUUGCAUUGGUGUAUGAAUACAUGAAGAAUGGGAGUUUGGAGAAACGGAUCGGGAAGGGAAUGGGGUUGCUGGAAAGAUUAAACGUUGCGAUUGAUGUAGCGUGUGGGUUAAGUUAUCUCCACCAUGAAUGUGUGGUGGCUCCUGUGGUGCAUUGUGAUCUAAAGCCAAGUAAUGUUCUACUGGAUGAAGAUUUAACUGCAAAAAUCGGAGAUUUUGGGCUUGCUAGCAUGUUGGUUGAGAAAGAUCGAUCAAUCAGCUCUACCCAUGUUCUUAAAGGGUCCAUGGGCUACAUACCUCCAGAGUACGGUAUGGGAUCAAAACCAUCUACCAAAGGAGAUGUWUACAGUUAYGGMAUUAUGGUGAUGGAGAUUUUUACUGGUAAGAGCCCGACACAYGAGAGCUUCGUGGGYGGUCUAAGCCUAAAGACAUGGGUGCAAUCUGCUUUUCCGACUAACUUGGAUCAAGUGUUGGAUCCCGAUAUGAUUCAAGAACCAGAAGCCUUGAGCUCGGAUGGUAAAUCCAUAAACAUGAAGAUACAACUUGAUUGCCUCAAAAUGGUAAUCGGGAUUGCGCUUUCUUGCACCAACGAAUCUCCCGAAGGACGAAUCACCAUAAUUGAGGCUCUUCGCAAACUCAAAAGUGUUAAAGAUAUAGUUCAUAAGUCUUUUAAAUUAUCUAUAUGAUAACCUUUAUACCUAAAC